AUGGGAAGCGCUUCGUCUCAGGUGCAGAUGGAGGAGGACAUAGAUGCUACAGCAGCAGCUCUCAAGUAUGAAACCCCCGCGAAACCCGCCAAAAAGACUCCUCGCACGUAUUCAAAACGGAAAAGAGCAGCUUCGCCAGAAGGGACUCCGUCUGCAGCGCGGCCCCUGAAUUUGUCCACGGCGCAGGAUAAAGUUGGCUCUGCGAAGCGGCGGCGUGCCGACAAGGAGAAUGGGGAUGUAGGAGCAUCGUUAUCUGGCAAGGAAAACAGAGAGCCCGAUACAGGUGCUGCAUUACCAGGUCGCCAAGAACAGGAACACGAAGAGGGACAGGAACAGGAACAGGAAUCGCAGCCGCCACCGAUGAAGAAAAAGAAAGCUCAAGGAGCAGUAGCAGCAGCAGCAGCAGCAGCUCCGCCGAAUCCGCCUCCAACGCAGCAAUCGCGAUCAACUCCAAGACAAAGGAACCCCAACAAAAAGAUAUCGCAACGAACACUGGAAGCGCGACUAACUCUGCCCGAACAAACAUUCCAACCGGGACACGUUAGCGAAACAAACGAGAAAAAGACCGGCUGGUUCAGUCCACAGGAAAUCAAAACGCUUGAAAAAUACAAGACGGAGUUUUGCCUGGAAAACGUGAUUGACUACGAGACCUUUGACCAAUGCAUCCAAGCAUCCAGCAAGGACCGAGUGGACCUCUUCAAACGAAACCUGAGCCACAUAUCGUACAACGAAUUCUGGAACUCGAUAUACCUGCGUCUGCCCCGUCGCGACCGCCGGUCCAUCAGGCGGUUCAUGCGCCGCCAUUUCCAAGCAGGCCGCAAACCACACCAGUGGACGCCCGCCGACGACAACGAGCUCCAACGUCUCCACCAAAUCCACGGACCCAAAUGGAGCAUCGUCGCCAGCGAAAUGGAACGAACGCACGACGACGUUGUCCAACGCUGGAAAAACAAAGUCGAGCACCGCUCCACCAUGCGCGGCGGAUCCUGGAGUAAAGAAGAAGUCGAAAAGCUGGUUGAAGUCAUCGAAAAGAGCCGAAGUUUUCUCGCCGCGGAGAAAAAACUCAAUGUCGGUAAAGAUAUUUACGAAAUGGACGACAAAUACAUUAGCUGGGGCGCUGUUAGCGAUUUCUUUGGGAAUACGCGCUCGCGUCAGCAGUGCGCGGAUAAAUGGCGCAAAGUUAGGAGUAGAGUGAUAGAUGCGCGCCAGACGGGCAUUGAGGAUGCGACGUAUUUAGAGGUCUAUGAUUUCUCAGUACCGCGAUCGCAGCGGUCUCGGUCAAAGUCGGUGCCGCGCACGUCGCGGAAGAAGAAGUUGAGCUUGGAUUAUGUGAAUUCUGAUGAGGAGGAGGAGCACGAUGGUUCUGACGAUGGUUCUGACGAUGGUUCUGACGAUGACAAUCUGUCUGCGUUGGGACGUUUGCCGCCGCAGACUUUUGCUGGAGAUGAAGAUGAAGAGGAUAUCAGUACCCAAGAACCAGAACCACAGCCAGAACCAGAGCCAGACAGGGACAGCGAGUCUGCUAAUAACCACCACCCCUCGCCAAAUCCAGAGCCUAGUCCAGAGCCUGGGAACGAUAAUGAAAGUGACGACAACAACAACAACACCGCCUCACCCAGCCCAAAAGAAGAAACACAAACAACACAAUCCACCCCAGCCCCUAAAAAGCACAAACGCAGCAAAGCCGAAAAAGCCGAGCAAAAAGCCGCCGCAAAAGCCGCCGCAAAGGCUGAGCGUAAAAGGGCUCGACGAGCCCAAAAGCGAGCUAUGCGAGAGAGUCGUGAAGCGUCCAUCAAACGGGAGAGUACUCAGGAGAGUAGCUAG